AUGACUAAGCGACAGCGGACUCUGCCAUCAACCGGUGACGUUGUUGAGCCGCGCGUGCUCAUCAUCGCGCCUGAGGAUCGUUCCCGCCGUCAGCUGUCUACUUUGCUUCAUCGGGGCCCUGAGGCAACAUUGUUGGAUGGCCUGGAAGCAUACCUGCUAGAAAGAAGUUCGCGAGGUCGGCAAGAUAGCCCACAUGGGUUCCCGUCGACACACCUCAGGUUUGGCGAGGCCCAAAUCCUGGCACACGAAGCGCAGGCCGUCCGCCAGGAGCUGGACGAACUGCAGCCACGAAGUGCGCUACAGGUUCGGAAGCUGCCAGAUGGCCGCAUGUGCCACCCUCGGAUCGACGUCAUCUCUGCCGACGACACAGAGGGACAGCUGGAAGUGCGGUUGAUGGAAAUGCAGCCGCACGCCGUCAUUGUCUUGGAGCCCACCGUUCAUGCAAUCCGAACUUUGGAGGUCCACUGUGCGCUAGCGCGGAAGGGGUCCACCCCCGUCGUCAAGAUGGAGGCAGGCUCUGAUCCAGAGCCGGCUGACAGCAAGAGGCUGGCCCCCUUUCAAGUCUACCUCAUGGUCUUUGAUGAGUCAGUGGAGAAGUACCGCUUCGAGCAGUGCAUGAAGCAGGAAAGCGAAGCCGUGGAUUCCUUGAUCCGCUUCCGACAGCACCUGACUUUCAGAGUGGACCUCCCCACGGAGUCUAUCGCUCCGGAGCAAUCCUCAAGGCGUGGCGGGGGCUCCAGGGCACUGCAAGGCAUGACGAAGCCUCGCGUGGUGGUGGACAUGCGAGAGUUUCGGUCAACCCUGCCCUUCAUGCUGUAUCUUCGCGGUUUGGUGGUUGAGCCAGUCACCAUCCCAGUCGGUGACUAUGUGCUGUCCCGUGACAUUUGCGUGGAGCGCAAAGCGGUAACUGACCUGGUCCAGUCGUUGCAGAGCGGCCGGCUCUACCAGCAGGCACAGAACUUGUGCCAUCACUAUGCGAAUCCCCUGCUGCUAAUCGAGUUCGAUCCAGCAAAGGGGUUCAUGCUGCAGAGCAGCUACCUCAUCGCGCGACGUGAGAUCGAGGUGGGGACCAAGGAUGUUACGGGCAAGCUUCCCCUGGUUGUGCUACACUUCCCGAAGCUGAAGAUCAUCUGGAGCCCAUCUCCACGCUUCACAGCCGACAUCUUCCUGAAGCUGAAGGAGGGAAGAUAUCAGCCAGACUCCAAGGCCGCAGCGGAAAUUGAUGCCGAGGACCCGGAUGAUGCAGAGGGCAAGGUCAAGGCUGCCCAAGUCAACUCUGCGGCAUUCGAGGUCCUGCGUAAGCUGCCCGGGGUGACGCCUGGGAACAUGAACGCCCUGGCUCGCCGGGGCGGCUCGCUGUCCGGAAUCGCAGACCUUUCCUUGGAGGAAUUGGUGGAAGUUAUGGGCAAGGCGAAUGCUGAGCAGCUGUACAGCUUCCUCCAUGCCAGCUGCUUCCCAAUAACUGCCACACAGGACCGGGGCCCGGAUCAGAGCCAUGACCCUGAGGGCCAUCGUGCCGAGGGGCCGGGUGUGCAGGAAGAUGCCGAGGCUUCCGAGGAUGUCGCAGCGACUCAGAAGGAACCUAUCGAGGAUGCCAGCGAGGAGGUCUUGCGGGUGCAGGCUUCAGAAAUGAGGGAAAAGCCCAACCUGCGGGGCCUUGAGACAAUCGUCAACCAAGUCUCCGUGAAGAUGGUCUGGGCACAUAGGGGCGGAGGGCCUGUUUGUGAGGAAGAAGGAGAUCUCCAGAUGCUCAUGCAGCGCCGAGGCAUGCACAAAGCGAUCCAUGAUCAGCAAGGCGACUCGAUGUCGGAUGUGACUGCCCCGGAGUCGAAUCCCCCGAAGUGGUCUGGGUCGGUCUACGUCUUCGACCCGAAGAUGGAGAACAUCAGCUGUACGCUGAAUUCGCUGUUCUCACAGCUGGGCCCGAUUGAGACUGGGAAGUUCAGCUCCCUGCGCGUGGCCUUGCUUUUCAAGCCUGGAAAGUACGACCUGGAUGUGCCUGUGGGCUACUACACCCAGGUGCUAGGAUUGGGCAAGAGUCCAGAAGAUGUGGCCUUCACGGGUAAUCGCGGAAUCUAUGGUCCCAGCCAGCCAGGCAAUGUCAACUUUGACACUUUCUGGAAGGGAGUGGAGAAUCUGGCAAACCAUCCGAAAUUGCUCCGAACAACAUGGUCCGUGUCUCAGGCCGCGCCCAUGCGCCGUGUGAAGGUAUAUGGUGACCUUGCAUUUGGAGAGCCAGGCCCUGAUGGGCCUAGCAAGGGCAGCGGUGGUUUCGCAGCAAACGUGAAGGUGACAGGCACCGUGGAUCUCGUGCGACAGCAGCAGUGGCUGUUGCGCAACUGCGAGGUGCAAAACUCCACCUACUUCAACAUCCCGCCCCGAGCUGUAAAUUUCGUUUAUGUUGGCACCACAGGAGCCCCAAAGCAAACGGCCAGGUGUACAAACUCUUUGGAGGAUCCCGAAACCCCUCAUCCUCAGCUCCUCGUGGUGGAGGAAGCACCACAGGUCCUAGAGAAGCCGUACAUCACCAUCAGCCCCACUGGCAAGUACAGCCUUGAGAUCCCCCAGGUAUCUUGGAGAAGGCGUGGUACUGCGUGGGGCAAUGCUGAAACUGUAGACUUUGAACAGGUAUUUGUGGCGACAACUCAAACGGACCCCCAGCUCAUCAAUCAGAAGCUCGCAAUAGGGCGCCACGUCGUUCUGAGUCCUGGGAUCUACUCGUUGAGUUCUCCUCUACAGAUUGGCUUCAACAAGAGCAUCACUACCCAGGUCCUCCUUGGGCUGGGCAUGGCCACCCUCGUGGCAACCAAUGGCACUGCGGCUGUGGAGGUUGGGCCUUUUUCUGCCGGGGUCCGGGUCGUGGGCCUACUGCUUCAAGCAGGCACGGUGCACUCGCCAACACUCCUCCACUGGGCACCCAAUUCCUUCUACCCUCGAAAUCCUGGGCUUCUAGCGGACAUCUUUGUCCGAGUGGGAGGACCAGAUUCUGAGGUCGUAUCUGCGGACAUCAUGGUGAAAGUUGCCGGCAACCAUGUGAUUCUUGACAAUGUUUGGGCUUGGAGAGCGGACUGCUGCCAGCGUGGCUGCGGCACAUGUGCACCUCGGUACUGUAACAACGGUGUAGUCGUAGAUGGCCGCUAUGUUGUCUCGUAUGGGCUUUUCUCAGAGCACACCCAAAAGGACCUGACGGUGUGGAAUGGGGAGGGGGGCAUGUCUUUUUUUUACCAGAGCGAAAUGGAUUCCUUUGCCCGUGAACCUUGGGAUCACACGCCCGACUAUGGAGAAAAUGGCGUGUGUGGAUAUCGCAUCAACGCUCACAAUCACACAGGUGUGGGUAUUGGUGUGUAUGUAUACUUUACGCAGCCAGGAAAUCUCGUAAAGUCAGGCAUCGUGCGAACGCGUGAUAUGGGCACUACGUUGAUUUGUCCUUUUGCUUGGAAUUUGAACCCUGCUUGGUAUAACAACUCCAAGAGCGGAAUUCAAAGUGCGGUGGGAUUUCCGACGGAACCUGUCCGAUUAUUUUGA